CUGUCGCUGUAUUAGGCGAUAUUUUGUGAUAGUCAUUAACAAACUAAUGUAAAAUUUUAAUUGUGUAUGUAUGAAAACUUUAAAUAAAUGACAUUAAAAUGUCGGACAGUGACGAGGAUUUAAUGCCUAAUGUUCUUAAAUAUCAACGCGAUCCAACUGCUAUCCAUUCUAACUCGAAUUUUAAUAAUACAAACAUAACAGGCUAUACUUUUCGAAGCAAUAUGAUGACAUCUACUUUUAAUAUGCCACAUUUGGAAAGGCAAAGAUAUGGAAUGCGAGGUCUUGAUCAUAGAAGCAUGUAUUAUAGGAGAGAAACAUCUCCAAUGUCACUCAGAAGUUUUCCUGAUUCUGGCAUACAAAAUUUUCACAAUUCAUUAUACACUCGUGGCAUGAACUCUCAGAGAUCUGUUUUUAAUGGAAGAAGUGGAUCACCAGUGUCUAUGAGGAGCAUUGAUUCUAAUGCAAGUGUCAGUGCUGCAGACAUUGCACUGGCAUUUAAAAAUGUGAAAUUCAACAAAUAUGAUUUAAGAAUGAUAAAAGAAGCUUACAAUAAAUUUUUGAAAAAUAGAGUCAGGAAAAAAAUUGAGAAAAGGCGUAAUCUAAAGUUAUUUCUGAAAGGUAAUAGAAAGAGAUCAGGCGAAGACUCGGGAGAGCAAGGCAGUGAUUCAUCAAUCAGUAGUGAUGAUUGUAGAUCAUCUAGAACUAUACUUCACAAAGAAAACAUACCAAGAUCCGUACAUAGACCUUUGAAAUCAUAUGAUUUGUCACAUUUCAGGACUUCCAUAAGAGAAAGUGAUAUGCUUAAAGACUGUACAGAUAAUAUCAAACAGAAUUCUCUUAGAAAUAUGGUUGCAGUUAAUUCAUUAAGCCACAACAAUAUACCUCAAGAAAACACUAAAAAUACUUCUACUGUUACUCUAAAAGAGAGAUUUACAAAGGGAUCGUCAUUUUUAUUGCCAUCACAAAGGUUUGAUAAAUCAAAAAUAAUAAGUAAUGAAACGUCAAUAAGAAAUAUCAUACCAUGUAAUAAUAGCUAUAAAGAUAAUCACUGCAUAGGAACAGGUAAUACUAUAAAUCAAGAUACUGACAGCGACAGAGAAGAAAUUUUUUCAGAAAAUACAACGAGAAAUGUUAAUGAUCAACAAAAUACUAUACAACAACGUAAAAGGGUUUUAGAGGUUGAAGAAACAAAUGCAUCUGACAGAAAGAGAAAUAAGGUUAUCAUUUCACCGAUAAAAUUGAAUGACUGCAUGUCUAAUGAUAAUAUACAGAAAAAUGAUUUUAAUUUUAAAAAGCCACAAAUGCCCAUACGAAAAACCUCUAUUGCGAAAAAAGAUCAAAAGCAAGAAAUAUUAAUAGCGAAGUCUCGUCAGCCUCUCACUGGAAGUUUAGAAAUUGAGUUACCACUUGAUAAAUUACCACAACAUCCCAAUUCUGAGGAUAGACUUGCAUUGGAAUUACAAAACAAAAAUUUAUUACAAAAUACUAAUGAAUUAGAACCUGACUGUUCUAACCAAGCAGAAGUAACAUACAAUUCUACUACAGAUGUUUCAAUGAAGCCAAGUUUCUUAAAAAGGAAACUAUUCACACAAAAUUUAGAUGUUGCUGAAAGUAAAAAUAUGAGUAAUGAUAAUUUGGCAACAAAUAGCCCACAAACCAAAAUAUACAGGGCAUGCAGAGAAAAAAACAAAGUGAGAAAGUUAGUUUCUUCACAAUCCUGUCUUAGUCGUGAUGUUGGAGAUGAUAAUGUUUUGGAUUUAAUACAUAAGAUUGUGCGUCCGGAUCAAAUGAAUGUCACAGCUGCUACAAACAAGAAAGAAUUAAAUAAAAGCAACCAUGAUAACAAUAGUAAUGAUAAAUGGGAUGUGGCAUCUGUAAUAUCAAUGUGCAACAAUGGUGAGGGUAGUGACACUUAUACAGAUGAAGAAAUAUUUAAAACUACUCAAAAUAACAACAAAACCAACAAUAAACAAGUAAAUAAUUCUUUAUUAGACACAGAUGAAAAAAGUACUGUGAAAUUUACUGGAAAGGAAGUCCAAGUAAAACCAAAAAUUAAAGAUAAAAAAUUUACUACAGAAUGUAAAGUAGUAAUACCAAAAUUGCAACCAAUAACUAGCAAUAUUAAUGUUAAUACUAAUAAAUUAAAUAAACCACAAUGUCAAAAUAAGACAACUGUGUCAAGCUGUGUAAAGUCAUUUUGGGAUACAGACUUUGAAAGUGACAUAGAAGAAAGAACUAUAACACCAUGGAGAUCUAGAAAUCUACCAAAGCCAGAUACCAAUAAUCAAAAUAAAACUGUAAAUAAUACUUCAAACUUAAAUCUCAAUAAAAAGAAUGUAGUAAAAGGUUCUAUUCUAACUGUAAGAAGUUUUCAAAAUAAGGGUAUCAAUAGCAGUAUGUCAUGUAGGUCAGAUGUUAGUAGGAUUUCCAAACGAAAACAACCUGAUAAUUAUCAAGAGAAUCAUGAAGAAAAUAAUAAUGAAAUGCUAAAUAGAACAACUAGGUCUAAACAAAAUGAAGAAAAAAAAGAAAAGGAACAAGAAAAAGAAAAGGAGCAAGUAGUAUCUACCUCAAAACAAAAUAAAGAAACCAAAUUAAAAAGUGAUUUGAGUAAAGACGUUAAAAAGUCGAAUGUGAAACCAGUUAAAACCAAAGACCCAAAAACUAUUAAACAAACUUCACAGGAUAGAAACGAAUGUAAUACUUCUAGAGAAAGUCUCCGCCUAAAACAAAAAAAAGAAAAGGCUAAUUUAAAUACCCAAGUUAGUGAUAGUGCUACCAAACCUAAACGUGGGAGAUCAUCCAAGAGUUCAAAGGAAACGAGUAAUGCACUGGUUGUGCAGAAAAAACAUCCAGCAGCAAAUAAAAAAACUAAAGAGACAUCUAAUAAGGAUACAAAACUAGCUAAGAACCCUUCAAUUAAGAAUGCCACUUUAAACAGGACCCGACAAACCCCUAGAAAAAAUAAUGAAAAAACAACUGACCAGUCAAGUUUGAAUAUUAGUAAUAUAUCCAGCAGAAGUUUAAGAGUUAGAAAAAAAACUUUAAAAUGAAUUGAUCUUAGUUUGUUAAUUGUCAAAUAGUAUGUAUACUACCUUGUAAAAUAAUAAUUUUCAACUUAUACAAAUUAAAGUAUAUUUUGGGAUAAGUUGUAAGAGUAUGAAAUUCCUCUUUACUUUUUUGCCGUAUCGGCGGGACCGCUUUAAUAAUAUAUUAAGAUAUCAUGAUAAUAUUUGUUUCGAGAUAUUUAUAUUUAAUAUACAUUAUUAUGUUGCGUAAUUUAUUUACUAUAGAAACGAAUCAUAUUUUUAUUGAUUUUCAAUGAAUACACUUUAAAAUGUUAAAUGCAUUUAAUGUAAUAUGUACAUAUAAGUACAUAGUACGAAUUUUAU